AUUCUUCUCCAUCCAUAUAGUUUUGGUGUGUCUAUUUAUCUACAUAUUGAUUUUAGAUCUAAUCUUUGAGAUUUUGUUUGUUGUUUGGAGAAAAGGAAAAGAGAGAGAAAAUGUUGGCAAUAUUCAAGAAAGGUUUGGCAGAUGCACCACAGGAGCUGAACAGCCCAGCUUCAUUGCAAUCUUCUUCAAAGAAGCCGAAGCUUCCAGAAGAGACAUUGAAGGAUUUCUUGUCUUCUCACUCAAAUUCCAAUAAUAAUGCUUUCUCUGUUGGCUUUGCUAACAAGGCCUUGUUUGCUUUUGCCCCAUCUGAUCGCCAACACUCUGUUCAUCAGAGGCUGUUUUGUGGUGUGGAUGGCAUAUAUAGCAUAUUUUUGGGGAGCUUACACAACCUAUGCAAUCUCAACAAGCAGUAUGGCCUAUCAAAGGGAGCCAACGAGGCAAUGUUUGUGAUCGAGGCCUACCGGACCCUCCGUGACCGAGGCCCAUACCCGGCCCAUCAGGUCCUCAAGGAACUGGAUGGUAGCUUUGGUUUUGUGGUCUAUGAUACUAAGUCGGAAACCAUCUUUGUUGCUGUGGGUACAGAUGAAGCUGUGAAGAUCUUCUGGGGUAUAGGAGCUGAUGGCUCUGUGGUAAUUUCUGACAACCUGGAGGUCAUAAAAGCAAGCUGUGCUAAAUCAUUUGCCCCUUUCCCAACUGGCUGUAUGUACCAGAAUGAGAGGGGACUGAUGAGCUAUGAGCACCCAAUGCACAAGAUGAAGGCCAUGCCUAGGGUUGACAGUGAAGGUGCCAUGUGUGGUUCCAACUUCAAGGUUGAUGUCUAUUCUAGGGUUACCAGCAUGCCCAGAGUUGGCAGUGCUGCCAAUUGGGCUGUUUGGGGCCCACAAGUCUGAGAUCUCUAAUCAGAACUCUCCCACCCAAAAACUCUACAAUUUUUCUUCUUUAAUUUCUCAUUUUGCUUUUGUUGGUUUUCUUUAAUUUUCUUGUCUUGUUUCACUACCUGUAUUCAUUCCCCUUGGUGUAAAUUUGACUUUGGCCCUCUUGACAUAUAAAUAAUAGUUUUUUUUUU